UCGAAGUCGGCUGCAUCCGCUUGCUUACGCCCAACGGCACCGCACAGAACAAGUUCAUUCAAAACAAAAAUGGCAUCGGCGGAGGUUGAGCGAGUUCGCGUAAGUUCCACAAAGCCUCCUUUACCAGAUCCCUCAACUAAGCCAGUUGUCGGGAAGGUACGUCAGGUUGAUGGACCUAUUCGCAACCUCAAGUUGUCAGGACAUGUUGGAUUUGACAGCCUUCCUGACCAGCUUGUUAACAAGUCAGUGCAAAAUGGAUUCAUCUUCAACAUCCUCUGUAUUGGUGAAACUGGACUUGGAAAAUCAACCCUUAUGGACUCUCUUUUCAACACCAGCUUUGAAUCAUCAGCGAGUCCACAUUCUCUCCCUUCUGUAAAAUUGAAGGCACAUACUUACGAGUUGCAAGAAAGCAAUGUUCGUCUGAAGCUCACAAUUGUUGAUACUGUGGGUUAUGGUGACCAAAUAAAUAAGGAAGAUAGUUUUAAGGCUAUUGUUGAUUACAUUGAUGCUCAAUUUGAAUCAUAUCUUCAAGAGGAGUUAAAAAUCAAGCGUUCUCUUGCCACUUUUCAUGACACUCGUAUUCAUGUUUGCCUCUACUUUAUUUGCCCAACAGGUCAUGGAUUGAAGUCUAUUGACUUGAUGUGUAUGAAGAAAUUGGACACAAAAGUGAACAUUAUUCCAAUCAUUGCUAAAGCUGACACUAUUUCCAAGACAGAAUUACAGAAGUUUAAGGAAAAAAUUGUACACGAACUUUCCAACAAUGGAGUUCAAAUUUACCAAUUUCCUGUUGAUGAUGAAAAUGUCACAGAAGUCAAUGCACAAAUGAACUCUCAUGUUCCCUUUGCUGUUGUUGGGAGUACUGACUUUGUGAGAGUUGGUAACAAAAUGAUGCGUUCAAGGCAAUAUCCGUGGGGCACAGUACAAGUGGAAAACGAAAGUCAUUGUGACUUCGUGAAACUGAGAGAAAUGCUUAUUAGGACUAACAUGGAAGACAUGCGUGAAAAAACACACAUGCGCCACUAUGAGCUAUACCGGAAGAAACGUCUAGAGCAGAUGGGCUUCACUGAUGUUGAUUCAGACAACAAACCAGUAAGUUUCCAACAGUCCUUUGAGCAAAAGCGUUCCCACCACCUACAAGAACUUCAACAAAAAGAAGAUGAAAUGAGGCAGAUGUUUGUCAACAGAGUUAAGGAAAAGGAGCUUGAGCUGAAAGAUGAAGAGAAAGAUCUACAUUCCAAAUUUGAUAAGCUAAAGAAAGACCACUCAGAGGAGAAACGCAAAUUAGAUGAGUUGCGUAAAACAAUGGAGGAAGACAUCAUUGAGUUUAACCGCCGCAAAACUCAGAUAGCACAACAGCAGGCUUUGAGUUCUAGCCAUCACACUUUGACUCUAGGAAAAAGCAAAAAAAAGUAAAUCUGAAUGGAUAGUUGGGGUUAUUCACACUCUUACACACGGGAUGUAGUUUACCAUCAUUUGAGUUCAUCCCAACCAAAAAUUAAAUUUACUCUUAAAUUUUUCAAGUAUGUGAUGUGUAAGAAUUUUGUGUUUGGCCAGAAUCAAGAUGUUCUUGUGGGUUGCUCAGUAUUUACAGUAUGAUUUUCCUCCUAAGCCCCAAGUAAUGUGUAGUUCAAGUUUUAAAGAGCAUCAGCUGUUAAUUUGCAACAGCUUAAACUCUUUGUAGAACGUAAAGUAGUCAUCUUGAAAUUUUUAGCUUGUGCUUUUCUUUUUCCCCUUGUUUUUUCUCUUUCUCCUCCCUCCAGCCAUUGUUAAUUUAUUAUCUGUAUAAUUGCUCUGUUGAUGUGUUAAGAUUUGCACUCUAUUCCAUGAACAUGUAGCAAUUUCCAGCUACUUUAUGAAAUUCUCUCAACUGUAGCAUGAUGAUUAACUCAAGUGCUUUUGAACCAUUAUUUUUAUUAGUUUGAAUUUCACUUCUACUUUACCAUUCCUUUCUAAACCAGAAAGUUUCACUUUUCUCAUUAUGUUUGAUCAAACUUCUACAUUUCUAUGAAAGAUCUGAUGUUUUGUUUUAUAAGUUUUUAAAGUUGUUUCAAUCUAAAAUGAAUCUCUCUUUAUUUAAUUUUAUUCAGUUUUGGGAGGCAACAAGGGCUUUUAACAUUUAUGUGACUUUCUUUUACGUGAUUUUUAUAUGCCUCCUGUACUGAUGAUCAAGUUCUGCACUAAAAUUAUCCAUGGAAAGCAGUGAAUGAAUUUUAAAUUGGUACAAUUUUACAUGCAUGUGAGUUUUUAUUAACCAGUCCUUGAUUGUACUUUGAUAUUACAAGUAUUACAAUAUUUAUGUUAUUGCAUGGAUCAUGUAAUGUAUUUCCUUAUUUUCUUCCAUGUUAACUAUAAGAGUAUUUUUACAUUUUCCGUAUAUCUAUCCCUAUGGACUCCUCUUUUGACUAGUGGUGGCAGAUGUUCAUCCAAGCAAUAUCUUUUAGUGGACCUCAUUUAUCAAGCUUAUACCAAAUAGAUACAUUGCUCUUAACUAACAUUUUAGACUUAGGUUGAAGACCUUGGAAGUUGUCAAAUAAAAUUUAAUUGUAAUAAUUUUGAA